CCUUUUUCGGGCUCACGGCGAAGCCUUUGCCGUGCCGUAGGCUUUGAGACGUGUCUCCUGAAAUCGUACGUGGAAGGGACCUCUGUCGUACUGAAAUCGUACUUUCAGCAAUGCUCGCCGGAUUGUAUAUAUACACGUAGAAGUUCCAUUCUGCCAAGUGCCAACCACUCGAUCCUGCUCCCUCUAUCCAUUCCAGUGGCUCGUUGCCACCUUUCGCGUUUCGCCCAUGGCCACGAAGCUCCAAUGGCUGCCCGCGCUCCUGCUCCUCCUCCUCUUCCCCAUCUUCCUCGUCGGCGGCCUCAAAACCCCCAAAGAAGCCGCCUCCGGCGCCCACAACCCUGUCGUGCUGUUGCCGGGGAACACCUGCAGCCAGAUCGAGGCCCGCCUCACCGACGCCUACGACCCGCCGUCCCCGCGCUGCGCCGCGGCCGGCAACGACAACGCCCGUUGGUCCCGCCUAUGGAAGAACACCACUGCCCCGGAGCCCGACGCCCCGUGCUUCGCCGACCAGCUCCGCCUCGUCUACGACCACGCCGCCGACGACUACCGCAACCCCCCGGGCGUCCUCACCCGCGCUCUCUCCUUCGGCUCCACCCGCGGCUUCCUCUCCGACACCCCCGCCGACAAUUUGUUUAUUAGGGAACUGUGCAUGGGGAGGCUAGUGGAGGCGCUGGAGCGAGCAGGGUACGUCGACGGCGAGACACUCUUCGGCGCGCCGUACGACUUCCGCCACGCGGCGGCACCGCCGGGGAAACCCAACAGGGAGUUCUCCAGGUUCCGACGCAGGCUAAGGACGCUAGUAGAGCACGCGAGCAGGAAGAACGGAGACAAGCCGGUCGUCCUCGUGUCGCACAGCCAGGGCGGCUACUUCGCGCUCGAGUUCCUCAACCGGACCCCGCAACCGUGGCGCACGCGGCUCGUGAAGGACCUGGUGCUGGCUUCCACGGGCGCCGGCGGGUUCGUGCUCUCCAUGCAGGGCCUCGCCACCUCCAACAACGCUAACAGCAGCAGAAGCACUGCUUCUUCGCCUGCCAACGUGCUGAAGCAGAGACAAGUGAGCACGAGCUUCGCGAGCGUGUUCACGGCGCUGCCAUCGCCCACGGUGUUCGGCCCCGACACGCCGCUGGUGGUGACUCCAUCAAAGAGCUACGCGGCGCGGGACAUGGCGGAGUUCCUCGCGGCCGUGGCCGGGUUCACGCCGGAGGCCGUGCGGCGCUACGAGACCCGGGCGCUCCCCGUGGCGCUGCGCUUCGGGGCGCCCCUGGUGCCCGUGACCUGCAUCAAUGGCGUCGGCGUGCCGACGGUGGAGAAGCUCGUGUAUGGCCGGGGUGAUGGCACGGGACCGGAAGUGGAGUACGGCGAUGGUGACGGGGUCGUCAACUUGGCGAGCAUUCUGGCGCUUGACGACGUGAUCGGUGGGGAUCCCAGGCAGGAGGAGUACAAGUCUGUCAAGAUCGCUAAUAUGUCUCACCUCGGCGUUGUCUCGGAUGCUCUCGCCCUCGAGGUUUUGGUCGGUGAAAUUCUCGGACAACCCCGCGCCGUGCUUAUGUCGCGGGUGAUGUAGCUGGCAUUUUACCAGGCCGGUCCCGGCGUUUCUGUCCACUUAAUAUCAAAUGCGCCAAAAAAUUAUUAUCA